AUGCUCAACGGCGAGUUCAUAUUGACUGUGGGCAACCAUUUCAUCGCGCUGCGGAAGAAUGAUGGCUGUCUAGAGGUGAACUUUGGGCGCCGGACGCACGAGUGGCAAAGCGCGUGCCGCUGGCAGACGAGUGUGCCCAUUGGUUUCGCAGAGGAUAUCGGCCAGUGGCUGAUUGACCCGGACAUUGAUGCUGCGCAGGAUGGUGGGCGAGAUCUCGUCGGCGGCAGUGUCGCUGAUGUCCCCAGCCAGGUGAGUAAGGAGAUCGUCCGCAACAUCGGGGACUUGCGGUCCGUGGCGCAAAUGGAACGUGUGUGCAGAGACUUUCGGGAUCUAGUCACGCAGCCUGACGUGUGGUCCGGGCGCAACGCUGGCGCACUCCCCGCAGAUGUGUUGCAGGCCAAGUGGCUGACUGGCGGCGUGUCCUCUCUUGGCAGCGCAGUCGCCACGUCUCGCGUGCUGGCAUUAGAGUGGCCGGUCCGAGCCACAUGCACGAAUCUGUGUGGAUCCUCUUACCGUUCUUGGCGGACAAAGCAAGCGGCAGUGUCGCCUGUGUACUUCGAGCUCUGUGCCGUGGACGAGAUCGACCGGUGUGUCAUCUCCGUCGGCAGCCCUAGGGCGGCAGACAGCGACGCCUCCCAGGACCGCUGCUGGUGUCACAUCUUGCGCCCGUUCGAAGACACAAUGGCGAUUGAGAUGGGUCACAAUCACCGAGGUGAACCCAAUGCCGCGCACUUUGCUUGGGUGCCAUCCGUAGCUCCGGAAAGAUUACUGCAGGUGCAGUGGUGGAAUCAGGCUCUAGAGGUCUUGCUGGAUGGCCACACGAUUGGAUCGGUCUCUCUUGGAGAGUGCAGUAUUCCGCAAUGGUCUGAGGUGGUAGUGUCCACUUUCGGUCCAAUGCAGUUGCCUGGGAUGUCAGGUGGAAGCAGAAGCCGCUUUCUUCGCACAGAGGUCGGGACCCAGUCGCUCAUCCGCCGAGAGGAUGCGCGUGCUGGGAGCCCCGACUUCUGUACGUGCGCUCAUCUGCAAACUUCUUUUCUGCAGGACCUGGCAGAUUUCCUGGCAGUUGGGUCGUGCAACCAUUUCCUCCGACAGUCCAUACAAGAGAGCCAUUUCUGGCAAGGAGUGGACCUGGACUUGACAGACCAUCUCAGUGUUCCUUUUCGACGCAGGAGUUUUUUUGUGCAUCUUCUUGGAGCGUGGUCGAGGGGUAUCAGAAGUUUAUCGUGUCCGCACAACUUCUUGCACUACCUCUCCGCGCUGGACGGAAAAUUAUUUCUGCGGGGGAAAGGCGAAUACCUUCCCUGCGUAGUCGGACCGCGCCAAGUCCCAGCCUCCAACAGAAUUAUCUACUGGAGAUCGGAGAGGCAGACCUGUGGCUCUGUCGCCUUGGAGUGCUCCGUCCCUGCAGGAGCUUUGUUCCUGGUACUGGCUCUGCGCCGUGCCGAACAUGGGAGCACACCGGACAACAGCACGUGCGUCGUGCUGCGGAAGCCACUAGAUCCUGCAGGAGGAAUACAGUUCCGAUUGUCCGAUGGACUGCGCGUCCCAGUUCCGAUUCCCAGUUUCAUGUCCUCGACCCGAGCCAGCACACACAAGUUCGAGUUCCGGUGGCAAACUGGGUUUUUGGAAUUCCUCUUUGAGGGCCAGCUCGUCAGCACAGUGCCCCUGACACAGCAGCAGGAUGUGGAGCCGUGGGUCCGUGCAGCGGCUAUGUGCGUGGCAUCUCCCGCGCGCACACGCACUGAUUUUCAAAUACAUUUAUUGCCUUUCCAAUACUGCGCCUCCUUCGGUCAUCCGACAUGCGCCUACUGCCCGAUGACGAGCCUUGCCUGCUGUCAGGCUUGCCAGCACUGGUUUUGUCAAGAACAUGGCCUCAGUGGCAGCGACAUGUGCCUCUCCUGCAUGCCAGAAUCCUUUCUAGAGGAUCGCUUGGCCGGGACCUCGCUCCCAGAGCCGGCUGGCUGGAGAGCGGCGGUAGAAGGACGUCGGCUGGUCGCUCUUCGACGUCAAUAUUUACGUUUUUCAGGCGAUGCAGCAGCCUUCGACCUCCUGUGCGAGCGAAUACAAAGUGUGGAAGAACAGAUGUGCGCUGCCGAGACAGACGAUUUCUGCGCAAGAGAGGAGCUUCGCACGCAACUGGACGAUGUUGCCUUCCAAAGACUUGCGCGAGCUAUCAACAGUCUGGAGACGGGCGGUUUCUUCACAGUGAGCAGAAGCUGCCGAAGCAUGGCUGGACAGAAUAGUCUGAUCGAUUUCGGCUUGCAGACUUGUCUGCCAGAGUGCUUGCGAACAGGUCGGUGGCCACGGUCAGUGUGCGUGGCAACGCCGCAGUCUCUCAAUGUGGAGAAACUGGCAGGGAUUGAUGUGCUGGAUGUUCUUGCAAUCUUGCAUCCACACGGCCGAGACGCACACCUCCAGUUUCGCGAUCUGGAUCACUCGUACACCUGGCAAGGUCGCAGGGUUUCUACGUCGGUAACGGGGCUGAUUCAUUCUUUGGCUGCACGGUUCCAUGCACCUGAAGCAUUGCGCGCGAUGCGCAGCGGCAGGAACUGGCCCAGACCGGAAUACGUCGCAUCUGACAUGGUACAGCAGCUACGAGCCGUUCUACGGACGGACGGGCCGGCUGAAUCCGAACUGCUGCGCCUUUUGGCAGAGCCUCGGGUUGAUGUGGAGGCUGUCUGCAGGCGGCUGCGCGAUCUGAUCUGGACUCACCCAGGGUACGAAUAUCUUGCCACCGUGGCGAGCUUGACAGAUGCGGACAUUCUCCAGCAGUGGGAGGGCAAUCGCAGAGUCGCGGCAGCCGCCGGAACCUGGAUGCAUGCCAAAUGUGAGUGCUUACUCAAUGGAGGCCAGGUCCCGACAAACUCACCCGAGAUGUGCAUGUUCCUCAAAUUCCUUCGCGAGUUCCAAGCAGAGGGCUGGAUAUUCAGGAGGACAGAGUGGACCAUCUACGCAGACGCGGAGGAUCUAGCCGGCUCCAUCGAUGCCGUUGCUGCGCGCGGCGCGGACAUCUGCCUCUUAGAUUGGAAGAGAACAAAGCAGCUGGCUUCGAAAGAUGCUAGUUUCGGCCGCUGCCUUCAGCAUCCUCUGGAAGCUCUCCCGGACACCGUCCUAUGGCACUACCGGGUUCAGUUAAACAUAUAUGCUUGGAUUCUCCGGACAUAUUACGAGGUGAAUGUCACGGACCUGCGUGUCGUCUGUCUCCAUCCAGACAACGGCUUCUCUGCUCUGGUCAUUGAAGUUCCGCUUUUGUUCGACUGCAUAGAUCAUCUCAUGUCUUGGCGACGAGACGACUUGCAGUCGCAAAUGCUUUUGACCGCGGAGCCAGUGGAUGAUCUGCGGGCAGGAAGCCAGGAAAGUGACAUGUCCUUCUCGCGGAGAGUGGAACUGGAGCUCGAAGCUGGCCUGCUGGACGAGACGCCGCCUGCGGCAGCGCCUGUGCCGAAGAGAGCGCGAACUGACCUUGCUGGGAAGCAGUCUGACGUGGAUACGGCAGUCUCGGACUUCAUGCGGAUAGAUAUCGACGACCUGAUGCUAGGACCCACAGAGGACGGCGACAUUCUUCUGGAAGUUCAACGAAAUCGCCUGGCCGUUGAGAGUUUCCCAGGGAGCGGACCGUGGACGACGGACUUCCAGCACAUUGUCCAAGGUGCCUUGGCCGUCCAAAACCUUCGUCUGCUGGACAUAAGCAGAAGAGAAGAAGUGCUGUUCCUGGAGCUCAUUGAGGGGUGCGGGCGCCACGUUCGUGCUCAUGACGGUCAGUGUUUUUUCUACUCUGCGCAUGGAUACUGGGCGGCGUACAAUGGUGUUAUCCCGCAAGGCACCCUGGCCCGGUGCAAGAGUUUCUUAAUGCAUCUGGAAGGCCUGUACUCCAUGUUUGGAGCACAGGUUCUUCGGCGCACUGACAGCAUCCUGGCAGAGGCCCAACGGCUGCUGGAACAACACAACCAAUCUUGCUCGGCUCUGUUGGCAGAAUGUCUACGCGCAGCCAUCUGCAGAGUUCCCACGCGCGCCAAGAAGCCAGGCCAGGAGGAAGACGAGGAGGCAUGCGAAGGCCGUGGCGGCGGUGCCACUUCGUGGACCCAGGCCAUGGCCAACACAAUCGGGAAGCUCUACGUGAAGCUGCAGACCUCCCUGCUGAACGACACUGUCAUAAAGUACUAUGUGGCGUGGUGCUCCAGGGACGUUCGCAGGCGAGCUGGCUUCUGCACGACAGAUGGCUGCUUCAUCUUCCAGAAAGCGGACGGUCUGGUGGCGGCUCGGAAGUCGCCUGAAACCAAUCUUUAUGUCCUCCUGCCGCAUCGAAUCCUGGAUCCGGUUUCGUCAGAGAUCAAGGACAGGGUCGAAAAAUUCUGGAAGACAACAUAUUGGAACAAUGCCGACGCCUUCCGAGUCUGCAUGGCUUCCUUGACUUUGGCCUUGCAUGGGGAGAACGUUGACCGCGCGUUCUGGGGAAUAGGAUCUGGAGGGGUCGGGCAGAGUCUACAGACUGCUCACUUGGAAGCCUUACUGGGCAACUACCACGCCUGUCUCGACAUGAAUAUCUACUACGUCGACGAGGAAAUGCGAAAGCAAGCCGCUCGUCUCGUCGGCAAGAUUGUCGUCACCGGGCAGGAGACUGUGCAAGGAUCUCGCAAGUCCAUGCGGGAAGACAUCUACAAAAAGCACAUCUCCGCGGACAAGGUGCCCGAACGACUUCCGUACGCCAUCGACACAGCCCUCGUGGAGCUGCGUGGAUGGAAGCGUUUCGAGAUGAACGCUUAUCCCAGGCUUCUCGUCAAAUCGGCUUUCCAUCUGUUUGUCGGCGUGACGGAAGAGAACCUGCCGUCCAUUUUCCGCAGGACGGCCGUGUGCCGUUACAAGGCCACCUUCGUUGAGCCAAGCAAAAUUCUUGCUCGAGAAGAGGCAGCGGCAGAGAGGGGCAUUUUUGCAAGGGACCCAACUCUCAAGGACGCCUUGCGAGAUAAUCCAGCUUGCGUGGUGACGCUCCGUUCUGUCUGCAACUAUGCGCGACAGAACUCUGCGGCUGCGUGCCGUGAGACGCUGGAAAAUUAUGCCGUGCAUGGUGGUGAUGGAGGCCUGACGCGGCUUGCUGUGCGCACGAGCUGUGGUCUAGCCGUGGAGGAAAAAGAUGCGGCAGAUCACGUGGAGGAUGUUUUGGCCGCUCCAGAGCCACCGGUACCCGUGGACGAGGUGCAACGUGCGAAGGAGGCGCGUUUACGCGAGCACAAUCAAUACGUGAAGGACAUCAAGGAGUGGCUGGUGCAGGAACACAAGGACUUCUUCACUGCGGCCCAAGUGCGAUCUGCCAAAGCAAGCGCUUCUUUCAGUUUCAGUCGGAAGGAUGCAGACACCGUCCUCGAAAAACUCGCUGAGGAUGGGCAUCUCCUCUCCGAGUCCACUGUCUUGCCGAAGGCUGGACUUACCACCAUUUAUCUGCCUCGUAUUCCGGCGAAGAAAGCCCUGGGGGACGUCAUCACUUUGGAUCCAGAUGACAGGUUGAUCUUUCCAGAGGAGUACAACGUCGGUCGCAUGCGCAAACGCAUGGGUCCCGAGUCCUCUCGGAUGCUGAACCUCCAUACGCUGGCCAAGAGUUACAAGCAAAGGCAAGGCGGCAGGAAGAGGGGAGCUCCCAAGAGAAAGCUGACGGAAAACGGAAGCGACGGGAAGCUUGGUGAGGACUUGGCGCGCAGAGCGGAACAGGAAGGCGAGCUAUUCGAGGAAAUCAAGAGCUUGGCGGAAUCAGGAGAAGUAGAUGCAGACGGGUUGGUGACUGUGCAAAGGCAGUACUUCUAUCCUAGACAGGUGAGAUCGCGUAGGAUCGCGAAACAAAGAGGAGCCCAGACAUGCUCGCGCCUUGCACGCGCCAUCUGCUGUCCCCACGGCAGGGACGUCGACGUGCAUGCAAGCAUGUUCACCGUGGUUGUGCAACUUGUGGAAGCACUCAGUGUGCCGGAUAUGGAUAUUUCUGCAUGGCGUGCCGUGGCUGCUGACCGCCAGAAAGUCUGCGUGGAAAGAUUGAGCUGCUCCGAAGCAGAGGGCAAGCAACUCUUGCUGGAGAUUGCGAAUGGAGCAGCUGUGAGUCAGGCGUCGCGGCUGCAAGGGGGUGCCGCGACUUUCCUCCAGCAACUUUCAGAUGAAAGUCGGGAACUGCGAUGGCUGGCAUGCUCUCAGCUGCCAGCCUUGUACAAGGAGCAAAGGAACCAAAAGUCCAACUGGCCAGAAUCCACAGUCUUCGCGUACUGGUGGACAGCAGCGGAGGACUACGUUCUUCAGCACAUACUCCACGGUGUGCAAAGACAUUAUUUGCCAGGCCACAUCUCCUGCCACUUCGACGGUGUUCUCCUAUCACAAUCCCUCAUGCGAGCAGUUGAGGAGAAGGUCGAAGAAGACAUCCUCAAGUACCUCCAGGAACAGGUGUCGCGCGGCACUCCCUUUCAGAUCAAGCUGAAAGACAAGACGGUUUCGUCUUUUCAGGAUGCUUUGAAAAAAGCGUUCCAGAACAUCUCCGACAUCGCUUGCUUCGGAGAAUUCACAGAUCUCUUGAAAGCAAUUCCCAACUCCAUCCCCGCGGCCUUGGUGUUUGUGGGCUUUGAUCUGCGCCGUGUGGUCUCCGUCUUGCAAGCGGAGUCGCCAGCUAACACGGCUGCGGACAGACGCAAGGUUCGGCAGUAUUCGGAUUGGCAUGGCGUCGACACCAAGUACUUGCUUCCUGCUGGCAAACUGGGAGAGCUCCGGCAGAAAAAUUGCAUUCUGCACAUAGAGCUCCCAGAUGAAUCCCAUUGUAUGGGCAUCCAGGUGUUUGCGGACAAUGCCAUUACAGUUUGCUGCCAAGGCAAAAGCUUUCAGACAACGUGGCGUGCCCUUAUACAGGUGACCGAAGCUUUCGUGGGGAGCACAGAGACUAUGCUUUUCGAGGUAGUCGACAAAGAUCCGGAGCUAGACGAUGCGGAUGUGGGCCUACUAGAUCUCCUUGCAGGGUCGUCCUCGACUCCGUCUGCGCCGCUAAGCAGAGCCAGUCGGAAGCGGCCAUCGGCAAGCGUGAGUGCAGAGCCAGCAGAGGCUCCCCAGAACGAGGGAGAGGUAGCUGUCGGCGACGAACUGAAGACGCUGAUGCGGCAGGAAGUGGAAGAAGCCCUGGGGCUUGUGGAGUCCCAAGGGAACAGCACUUUCACUGUCGCCGUUUGCCCUUGCUGUCCGUGGAGACGCUUCAACAAAAGAGCUCAUUUGCGGCAGCAUCUGGUUUCGCAGCACACUGCAGCCAAGCGCUAUUGUCCAUCUGGUACAAAACAGCUUCGCAUUGCUGCUGCCCUUUACGACCAUGAUGCGGUCGCAGGCACGACUAUCCAGACAGGCUUUCUUUCCCGCUCUGCAGCAAUCAUGCGAGCUGAUGUGAAACCUCCUGUGCCUACGACCAUUGUCUCCAUCGACAAGACAGUCAGGUACGUCUUCGAUGCCGACGGUCCUAUAAUCAUGGCUCUGCAUUCCGUGAAGAAGAGAAACGACUUGCGACGUGUUGGAAAUCUCUACUACACCUAUGCCUUUGCGUGCGCUUUCCUACAGGCCGCAGCUACAGGGAAUGCCUCUCUGCAGCGAAUUUACUCUGUAAUGGUGGGCGCCUGCACGCGACAUCGAGGUCAGCUUUCGUCCUUGCUGCCUCGCGCCACAAACGGAUUUUGGACAAAUGUUCUGGAAGAUCUCAUGCAGGCGCCGCCUGUUCAACAGUUCCGCGACGGUCUCCUGGAUGAGUGCAGAGAGCAUAACGAGUUUCGGUACCUGAGCGUCGACGCAACUUUCAAGAUUAACUUGAAGGUCAUCGGUCAGGCGGACUUCCACUCGUCCCAGUCUUCCCGGGACAAUGCUCCUAUUCCGGAAGCCGAGGCAGGGUACCGGACACUGACCUGUCGCGGCCGGACAGGCGCUGCUGUGCUCAUCCGGGUCGUGCGCUCAGAGAAAGCCGUGGUGUUGGCGGAGACUCUAGCAAAAACACUUCCCCUACAGCAGCGGUCGCAAGUACUCCAUGUAGCUUCCGAUUCUCCGUCUGCGGAAAUGUUCCGCGUUCUGCAAGGAGUUCUGCCGCGCCUUGCCAGCAUUGCCCUGGAUGCCAUGCAUAUCGUCAUGGUAUAUCAACAAAACAUGAACAAUAAGAAGACACAGGGCUCCCGCUGGCUCGCUGUCCUCAUGGACAAGUUUCGGAAAAGAGACCCAGUGCGCUCAGCGGCUUCUUGGGGAAGACUCUACACAGGGGACUCGCUGCCGCCAUCGCGUGCCGACGUCAGAUCCAUGCGGGAGCGCUUAGAGAAUCCGGACAUGUCUGCCCAGGAGGCGUACGACCAUCUCAAAGGCGUGGACCCAGAUCAGCCGUGGCUGACUGAGGUGGAUUUCCUCCAAGCACUGCUUGCUCUUCUUUCAAUCUUCUACGACGAGGUGCAGAAGGUUACAUUUUCCGGAGUCACACUGCAUCGUCUCAUCAUCAAUGUUGCGUCGCCGGCAAAAGUCCAGUGGCUCUUGAAUGACACACGAUAUCGCCACUCAGUCGACCGGGAGUCCUUGGUUCUGUUGCCAAGUGGCACCACUUCCAACGAGAGCCUCCAUCAUGAACUGAAUCACUGGUUCCGCGAAACCGAGACUUGGCUGCAGUGGCCACGUGCAACUUGGUCAAUCGGUGUCUGCGUGUGA